AUGAACAACAGACCGGUGGAGCAGGCGCUCGCAACCCUCCUGCCCACUCAUGCUCAAGACCUGCCACCGGAUCUCCUCAGCUUGGCUGUCUCCCUCGUCGCGCAGUCGCGCAGCUUAUCCUCGAGCCUGAAGCCUGAAGAAGAAAUUGCGCGGCCCUAUGCCUGUGCGGAGAUCGCCUGUCGAAGACUCACCCGCACGCUCAAGCUCCCUCCCCUCCUCGGCCACCCUCCGUGUCCACCCCGAUCCUACAAGAAACUCUACGCCUUCCUCGACCGCUCCCUCUCCGGCGGCUCCUCCUCCGCCCCAGGCACGCCCUCACGCAGCCGCACCACCCCUUCCUCCACCCCGACGAAAGCAAAUCGCCUCACCCAAACCCCGUCCAAGAACCCUUUAACGACUGGAACAACCGCAGCCCUCCAAAACACACCCACCAAAUCCAGCCCCCUCAAACGAUCCCUGCCGCACGACAGCACAAAGACUGCAACCAGCACCAGCACCCCGCGCCCCAGACCCAAACCCACGAGCACCCCCAACCAUCUCCGCCUCAAUGCCCCGAUUCCCACAUCCACCAAAAUCCCCGACGCCCCCGACUGGGUCAUGGCCUCGAUCCGCACCGUCUGCAAAACCCUCUCCACCCCGGCCCCGCGCAUGAGCACCUGGUCGCGGCCCCCGAUCUCCCGAACCCUAGCCCCGCAUAUCUUCGCCGGCGUAUCCUCGAUCCUCUUCUUCGUGACCAAGACCAAGACCACGAUGACCCACGCGAAACACGACGAGGACCUCGACGACGAGAUGCUCGAGUUCCUGGAGCCCGUGCUCACCGCCGCCCGCAAUUCUGAUGCCAGUGAGGCAGUAGAUGAAGAGUACAAAGAGAUCGUGGAUGCGCUGAUCGUCGCGGUUUAUUUCCUUGUUCUGGCGAGACGGCGUCAGCCUGCUGAUGAGGACGCCCAAGCAGGGGAAGCAGGGGAGGAUGCGAAAGUCAUGGAUAAGAAGACCUUUACGGAGAUGCGGCAGACGGCGUUGGUGAGUCUGGGGCUGCCGGCGACGGAGAGGCGGCACCGUGAGGAUGUGGAUCAGUGGAUUGCUUUGAUCAUGGAGCAGGGGUGGGCGCAUGGGACGGAGUGGUUUGAGAAUAUCCCCAGGGCCGGGGAGGUGGAUGGUGAUGCGGAGUUUCUGGACGAUGAGGGGGAAAAUUGGGGUGAGGAGGAUGGUGGUGGUGGUAAUGGUGGUGGUGGUGUCGGUGCUCCGCGGCACAAGAAGCAGCGCUUCCAGUUGGGCCGCGAGACGAGGCGCGGGUUGCUGCCUGGGUUGGGGACGAUGAUGCAGGAUCGCGUGGAUUGGUUGAGUGAGGAUCGCAGAGAGGAUUUUUUGAUCUGGAAGGCGGAGAUUCUGGCGAGAUGUGAUCAGAUCGAAAAGGCUGCUUUGGCUGCGUAG